GCUUCGACUGAGUACUCACCGGUCUACAUGUUGCCUCAAGACGGCCUAAAAGAGGAUGACAAGAUCACAGGGCUGCCAGGCCAGCCGCAGGUGACCUUCCCUCAGUAUUCUGGAUACGUCACUGUUGAUCCUACCGCUGGACGCGCUCUUUUCUAUUGGCUCACCGAGGCUGAUGACUCCUCCAACAAGCCACUUGUGUUGUGGCUCAAUGGAGGACCAGGGUGUUCCUCGAUAGGAAAUGGUGCGAUGACAGAGCUUGGCCCGUUCCGUGUGAAUGCAGACGGAAAGACGUUGUGGUACAAUAACAAGGCUUGGAAUACUGUGGCUAAUGUCCUGUUUUUGGAGUCUCCUGCUGGUGUUGGAUUUUCGUACUCGAACACGACGUCGGACUAUGUAACAGGAGACACCAAAACUGCAGCGGAUUCCUACACUUUCUUGGUGAACUGGCUGGAGAGGUUCCCGGAAUACAAAACUCGCGAUUUCUACAUAACCGGAGAGAGCUAUGCCGGUCACUACGUGCCCCAACUUGCUCAGUUGAUCCUAAAAAACAACGAAGUAACAAAUCAAACUGUCAUUAAUUUGAAAGGAAUUGCAAUUGGGAAUGCUUACAUUGAUUAUCUCGACGAAGUAAAUGGCUCGUACGACUACUACUGGUCGCAUGCUCUCAUUUCGGACGAGAGUCACGAUGGAAUUAUCAAAAACUGCAACUUUUCGGCUCCUGAAAUAUCAGACAAAUGCGAACAAGCUUUGGAUCAAGCAGAUGGUGAAAUAGGAAAUAUAUUCGGUUAUGACAUCUACGCGCCUCUUUGCGGUUCAAACUCUACUGCUCCAUCGCUGUCUUCAUUUGAUCCAUGCUCGAGUGACUAUGUUUUCACGUACCUAAACACGCCUGAAGUGCAACAAGCACUUCACGCGAACAUCAGUGGAGCUCUCCCCGGGCCAUGGGACGCUUGCAGCAAUCUCAUAUCGUGGACCGAUGAGCCGGAGACGGUUUUACCUGUCAUCAAGGAGCUCAUGGCUAGCGGCAUUAGCGUCUGGAUCUACAGUGGCGACACAGAUGGAGUGGUGCCGGUGACAACAACCAGGUACUCGUUGCCCAAACUAAGCACCACUAUUAAGACUUCGUGGUACCCAUGGUACUAUCAGGGCGAGGUUGGAGGGUACGCGGUGGGAUAUGAGAACCUGACAUUUGUGACCAUAAGAGGAGCUGGACAUUUCGUCCCGAGCUAUCAGCCUGAGAGAGCGAUCACCUUCUUCUCGUCCUUCUUGGAAGGGAAGCUGCCUCCCAGCAGCUAAA